CGUAGCGUGAGUUCGCGGGAGAAAUUCGAAAGUGGGUUCUGUGUUCCUGAGGAGGUGAAGUGAAGACUCUUUUCUAGGGAAUGGAGGGUGGAGAGGCCGGGCGACUUGGCACGGCUGGGAGAGCUUGGACCCUGACUCGUCCCCACGGGAGCCGCCCACGGGGCGCCGUUGAAUGCCGGAGGUUAUAAAUUGUUGAGUAAAAACUGAUUGCUUUCUGGACCUGACUGGUUUAUAAUUUCAGAAGGAACAAUGGAAAGUCAAGAGUUUAUUGUCCUAUAUACUCAUCAAAAGAUGAAGAAGUCAAAAGUGUGGCAAGAUGGCGUUCUGAAGAUCACUCACUUAGGCAACAAGGCAAUUCUGUAUGAUGACAAAGGAGCAUGUUUGGAAAGUCUAUUUCUUAAGAGCCUUGAGGUGAAACCUGGCGAUGACUUGGAAAGUGAGCGUUUCUUAAUCACAGUUGAGGAGGCAAAGGCUGCUGGAAGUAGAGGUGUUAAAUUGGGCGGCCCUAGAGAAGUUCUGGAGUCAGGUCCAAGGACAUUCAUAUCCUCCAGCCGGUCUCUUGGGUGUCAGCCCUCUGGCUUAAAAAGGAAGGCUACUGGUUUUCAAAUACCAUAUAAGGUACCAAAGAAAGUGACUGUUACAGAAAAUGGUGAAUCCACUGCCUCAUUUGAUGAUUUGAACCCUGGCUCGACGCUUCCUCCCCCGUUCUCUAGCACACUUCCUUUGUUUUCUACUGUUGGUGAGAAAGAUAUAAAUUAUACACUGGCAGUCAAUGAGAAUACCUUGAGGAACAGAGAGAGAAGCGACAGGCCUUUCUCCCUUGUGUCUUCACCCUUCAGUGUUAACUCAGACAUACUAAAGAGAGAGGACAAGCUUUGCUCCCCUGUCACCUCUGCAACCCAGCAUUCAGAUGCUUUACUGGGCAGUGAGCCCACGAGAAGUAAUAGCUUGGAAUCUCACUGUCCUGGAGUUUCACAAAACCUCAGGAGCAAAGCACAAAUAUUAGCUCUUCUGAAGUCUAAAUCAGCCAACAUGAGUAAGAAUCUGAUUUGUGAGAUUACAGGACCUUUUCCUAAGAUACACCCACAGGGGUGCUCCAAAACCACUUCUAAGCUAGAGGAAGAGUGUGCUGAGAGAAAGAGCUCAGCGAAUUUACUCUGUGAGCUACAGGCAGAAAACCCCACAAGAGCUACAAGCCGGUGGAGCAUGUAUUUACCCUCCCAGAGAUCGCCUCCCUGUUCUCCGAGAGAUGAGAAUGAUACAGAGGACAAACCUGAAGCCCAAGAGGAUGUGAACAUUUUUAAUUUGUCUGAACUUUUGGUGGAAAAAAAGGCAGAGCUCUUUGAAACAUGUGCCAAAAAGGGAGAACUGUACAAUGAAGACAAGCCAGUAGACAAUAGUUGCCAGAGCUGGAAUCACAAGGAAAACUUAGGUGCGCCUCUGUUCUGUGAGAACAACAACUUACUGGUUAACUGUAGUAGUAAAGAAAAUGUUGAUUUAUUAUCAGAACCUGACAUUCACAACAAUAACAAAGUAACUUCUAAUCAAAAUGACAAGGAGUGUACGGAAGCUUUGCUUUGCACUAGAGAAAGUAUUCUGGUGGCAGAUGCAGAUGCCACACUGGAACAAGAGUGUAUGUCCUGUUCAUCACCAUUGCCAGAAGUAGAACAUAAACACAUUGAAGUCGAAUCUUCUCUAAGUAAGAACUCUAGCAUCUCUGAUGACAUUGCAGACGUGGAAUCUAAAAGUGAUGCUGAUAGAGGAAGUCUGGAUACUAUUCAUAAAUCUUCACAACCUUUUCUGGAAGUUUCUUUUAAUCUGAGCAAUUUUGAGGACAGUGACACUGAUGAAGCAUCACAAGAGGACGACAAACUUUCCCAGGACUCAGAGAGUAGAGAAAAGGAAAUUUUGCCUACAGAUGAUUCAUGUGUUCUCAAGAGCUAUGGGGAUAUAGGCUGCCAAGAAACUGCCUGGCAACCCUUGCCAUUCCCAUCCUCUGCCAGUGGCAAGCCUAAAGACAUCCUUCCUGCUAACGAGACGCUGCUGUCAGAGUUUUGUGAUAGAACCUGUGUUGGUUUUUACACAGGACCUCACGAAGAUGCAAACCCUAGAGAAGCAGUGCCAGAGUGGGGUGGUGACACAGGGAGCAGUCUGGACUCAUCGCAGGAGUGGAAUGAGGAUGUGCCAGGAGAUAGCAAAGAAGAUGGUAAUAAAUCUAUCCAAAGAGAUGGGACUAAUUAUGGUAUUGUUUCACCUUCAAAUACACCCAAAGGUAUAAAUACACGUUCACAUAUUCCUUAUUUUUUAAACACAGUCACUACUCCGUCUCCUGAAAACAGUGACCUGUUCUCAGAAGGUACCCAGCCUCAACCUUUUAUUUUGGGAAGUCACGUAGGUCAUGAGCAGCUUUUAUCACCAGUCUCUACCAGUGGCGUUAGUAUCCAGCUAUUGAAAACCACUCAGCAUCAAUCUGAAUGUUGUGAAUUAGAUGAAUCCAACACCCAGGUUUCUAGUUCUUUAUUUUACCCGGUAAGAACAGAAUAUCCUAUUUACAAAGACACUGAAGCAUACAUUCCUGAAUCUGAAGAUUUAGGGAGGAAUAGAAGUUUGUCAUGUGAUUGUUUUGAAGUGGAAACUACACAGAGAGGCAGACAAUCCUCUACUUCUGGAAAUUCUUCAGAACUUUCUGAAGUAAUAAACAAUAUGUCUCUUUUAAAGUCACUGUCUGAGCAUGGCACAACUUUAGGAAGCUUGGCAAUACUGAAGGAAAAUCAUGCCUCCCAACAGGAAGGUCGGCACAUACAAGACCCAGAUGUCAGUCCUGAAGCCAGGAACUUACCUGCCACAGUAGUUUCUCAUAUGCUAGAGCGUCCUCUUGAGCAAUGGACUUCUCAGCAGCCUGUUGAGUUUCAAGGCCAUCAGGUGAAAGGAUCAGCUACUAGUGGUGUAAUGGUGAGAGGACACAGCAUACAGCUAGGAUACAGUCAGCUUCCAGAUAGCGUUGAAUAUGAAAACUUCAUGACAUGUACUCCAGUCUGGACACCAGAGCUGCCUAGCGCUUGUGUGCAGACUGACUUCCUACAGGUGAUUUCACCAGAACAAAAGAUCUCUGCAUCGAGCUCUGCACCUACUUUUUCUUUCAACACGAGAAGUGAAGACUCUGUGCUUGAGUUCUCUGAGGAAUCUCUGAGAGCAAGGACUUUCCCUGGGUUGAAAAACAUUGGUUUUUUGGGGAGUAAUAACCUUCAAAGGUUUCCAUGUGCAACCAGAGCCUCAGUUCCCUUCAUUACUUUGCCUUCCGAUGAUGGGCCAGCGGUCUUAGAUUCCUGUUCAUUUAUGGCUGAUGACCACACACGAGAGUCCUCUGGUUCUUCUGUGUUGAACCUGUGUGAAGAAUCAGCUCUUUCAUUUGACCCUGGGCCUGAGGACCAGGGUGAGACUUCUCUCUGGAAAGGAACUCCAGGGGAUGUUUCACUGCUUCAUAAGAAUUCUGUGCAAAGCAAGUGGCUGAAAUAUCAAAACACAUUCCAGUGCAGCUCAGCUGCUCUGAACAGAAUUGGCAGUGACGUGGCAGAGGACAGCUUUGCUGAGGUCAGCUCUGGGAUGCAUUCUAGCCACACGAGUGCGCAGCAGAGGAAUGCUGCGAAGGAAAGCUCUGUAGACCCUGUGCACUUGCAGAGGAUGAAAGGCAUGCUCUAUCAACAGCAACAGGACUUUAGCAGUCGAGAGCUGGCUUCCAGAAAGAAAGCUUUUACUCUGAACUCAAAGCAGACUUCCGAGACAGAGGAAAUUCAAGCUAUGUUAGGAAGCCCUGCCAGCUACAACUCCAGAGUCAACGAUUUACAGAAGAUAAAUGGUUCUGAGCUGUGCUUCCCAAAUGGGCAGAAAAUAAUAUCAGCUUAUCUCCCUCAAAGACAAGUUUACGUACCAGCUGUUUUCCAGUCUCCCAUUCACUAUAAGCAGAUCUUUACAUCUUCCAUCAUAGAGCAUCUGAAUAUAUUGCUAUUUGGUUUGGCGCAAAAGUUGUACAAAGCACUUUCCAAAGUUGACAUAUCCUUUUAUACAUCGUCAAAAGGAGAGACACUAAAAAGCGGAAAAAAUAAUUUACCAUCCUGCCAUCAUAAUCAACCUGCCAAACUUGUCAUGGUUAAAAAAGAAGGCCCAAAUAAGGGUCGUCUCUUUUAUACAUGUGAUAGGCCCAAAGGUAAUCAAUGUAAAUUUUUCAAAUGGCUUGAGGAAGCAACUCCAGGACAGUUAUCACAGGAUGAGUCUCAGACCAACAUGGUUUUUAAUGAUGUUAAGAGCAUCGGCUCAUAUUUAAGAAGUCAAAAGGUACCGGUCUAUGAGGAAUGCCAGCUUUUGUUGAGGAAAGGAUUUGAUCUUCAGAGGAAACAGUACGGUAAACUAAAGACGUUUGCAACUGUGAACCCUGAAUUUUGCAGAGAAACAAAAAAUAAGAUUUAUCUUAAGCUAAGUCGGAAGGAGAGCUCUUCAACUUAUAAUAAAUGUGAUCUUUGGGUGAUUUCAAAAACCCUAGACUUCCAACUAGAUACCUUCAUUGCAUGCAGUGUCUUCUUUGGGCCAUCUUCUGUCAAUGAAGUGGAGCUGCUGCCUUUGAAAGGCUAUUUCCCUUCUAACUGGCCCACGAACAUAACAGUCCAUGCAUUAUUGGUUUGUAAUGCCAGCACAGAGCUGACAACACUGCAGAACAUUCAGGACUACUUUAACCCAGCGAGUCUUCCCAUAAUGCCAUACCUCUUAGCAAUGUCUCGGCCAACUACAGCUAGCAAUAAAAAUGUCAGUAAAAGAAAAUUUAUCCCACCAGCUGUUGCAAAUAUUAAAACAAAAUUUGAACUCCUGAACCUCGGAGUGACCCUGCAGUUAGCUAGUGAGUUGAUUCAUAUACACAGGUUGAACAAGGAUCAAGCUACAGCACUAAUUCAGAUAGCUCAAAUGAUGGCCUCUCAAGAAAGUGGUGAAGACGCACUGCAGCCCUGCACCCCUCCCCUGCCUAUCACAAUCAUUCAUGGUGUUUUUGGAGCAGGCAAAAGCUAUUUGCUGGCUGUGGUGAUUUUGUUCUUUGUACAGCUGUUUGAAAAGUGUGAUGCUGGAACAGUUGGAAACGCAAGGCCUUGGAAGCUUCUCAUUUCUUCUUCCACUAAUGUAGCUGUUGAUAGAGUGCUUCUUGGGCUUCUCAGUCUUGGAUUUGAGAAGUUCAUCAGAGUUGGCAGUGUUAGGAAGAUUGCCAAGCCAAUCUUACCAUACAGCUUGCAUGCUGGCUCAGAAAAUGAAAAUGAACAAUUGAAAGAACUCCAUGCAUUGAUGAAGGAAGAACUGACUGCUAUAGAAAGGGUUUAUGUGAGAAAAAGUAUUGAGCAGCAUAAACUGGGAACCAACAGAACUCUGCUGAAGCAGGUUCGAGUUGUUGGCAUUACCUGUGCAGCCUGCCCAUUCCCAUCCAUGAAUGACCUUAAAUUCCCUGUGGUUGUGCUGGAUGAGUGCAGCCAGAUGACAGAACCAGCCUCACUCCUUCCUAUUGCAAGGUUUGAGUGUGAAAAGUUAAUUCUUGUUGGAGACCCCAAACAGCUGCCUCCUACAAUUCAGGGUUCUGAUGCAGCUCAUGAAAAUGGAUUGGAACAAACUCUUUUUGAUCGACUUUGCUUAAUGGGUCACAAACCCAUUCUGCUGAGAACCCAAUACCGCUGUCACCCUGUGAUCAGUGCCAUAGCUAAUGAUCUGUUUUAUGAAGGAAACCUCGUGAAUGGUGUUUCAGAGACAGAGAGGAGCCCUGUACUGGAGUGGCUGCCCACGCUGUGUUUCUACAAUGUUACCGGAGCAGAGCAGGUUGAAAGAGAAAACAGCUUUCAAAAUGUGGCAGAAGCUGCUUUCACACUCAAGUUAAUCCAAUCACUGAUUGUAAGUGGAAUAGCGGGCUCCAUGAUUGGGGUGAUAACAUUAUACAAAUCACAAAUGUACAAGAUUUGCCAUUUACUGAGUGAUGUGGACGCCGGCCAUCCUGAUGUUAGAGCUGUGCAGGUGUCCACAGUGGAUGCCUUUCAGGGCGCUGAGAAGGAAGUCAUUAUUCUGUCCUGCGUGAGGACGAGACAAGUAGGGUUCAUCGACUCAGAAAAGCGAAUGAAUGUUGCGUUGACCAGAGGAAGAAGGCAUUUGUUGAUUGUGGGAAGCUUAUCCUGUUUGAGGAAAAAUCGCCUCUGGGGGCGUGUGAUCCAACACUGUGAAGGAAGGGAAGAUGGAUUGCAACAUGCAAGCCAGUGUGAGCCACAGCUGGACCGUCUUCUUAAAGAUUAUUUUGAAAAACAAGCAGAAGAAAAACAGAAGAAAAAGGAAAAAGAAAAAUCUAAGGAUAAAUCUCAUUAGCAAAAACUAAACCAGGAGUAUUGAUAUUGUAAAUUCAUAAUUGUUUUAUACUGUAUAUUUUUAAUAUUUUUCUUUAUUGUAAAGCCUCUGAUACAAAAAAGUUACAUUAUUUAAAUAACAUGCUGAAUAAGUGCAUGUAAAAAUUUGUUCUUUAAAAAGGUCUGCAUUUUAUAUUAAGAUAGGCAGAUGUAUGUGUGACAGGCAGAUGUCUUGUUUGUGAAAGAAACCAAUUUUACAAAGGUCAGAAAACCAUUCCUGAGAAUAUCAGUAUGCAUAAAAAAUGCACAGUAGUAUCAAAAGUUUAUGUGCCAGACAGCUCCAGUCCAGACCACUAGCAGACUCUUCUGAACUUGAAAUACAUGAAUUGUCCCACCACUUAAAAACUUAAACAAUUCACAAUAAAAACUUAAAAAAAAAUGCAACAGAGGAGGUGGGGUACAGCACUAUACUGCAUAGAUACUUAUCCAGGGGAAUGGGCAGGAUGAGCCACUGUUAGCUCUCUUCAAGUCCCUUGUGUGAUUAUUUGCAUAGUAAUUACUGGUAUAUAUGUAGAAUAAACAGAUAAAACCCUUUUUAUUUUAAAGCUAAUAUAUUCUACUUACAGAAAAAUAUGUAAAAUACAGAAGCUAUGUGAAAGAAAAGAAAAUUACUUAGAAAUUCACUAUUCACUAAUCAUUAACAAAUUGCUUUAGUCUUUCUAUAAAUAUAUACAUAUAAGUUUCAAACCACUUGAGUCCACAUGAUUCUUCGACAUUGUUUAUAAAGGAAUAUAUUGAUAUCCAGAUGGAAAAAAUGGCCAAGUCUUGAUCAUAAUUGAUAUCAUUGUGUUUAUUUAUAGCAAAUAAAACAUUUUAGUGACUGGCCUGAGUCAUUUAGUAUUUAUUUAAGAAUUAUUUUAGAAUCAAAAUGUUUCCUUGAAUUUCUUAAAUUUCCUUAUAAGAAAAACUUACCAGUCUAGGGCCGGCAGGAUGGUGCAGUGGGUAGAAGCACUGUGCACCCAGCUUCACAAGCUGAGUUCAGUUCUGGAUCCCCUGCUUGAUAUACAGCAGGGAGAGCUGACUCCUGCAGGUUUUCCUCUGACCGCACAUGUGCCGUGGCCCACAGGGCCCACCCUCACACAGAUACUAAAUAAAUUAAUGUAAUAAAAAUGGUAACUGAUUUGUUUAUAUUAAAAACUAACUGUCCCUGUGAAACUGUUAUGUGAAAGAAAAAAUAAAUCCAACCACACUUGUGGUAGAGCAA